UUGGAGCGACCUAACAGAAUAUGCUGACCUACUAAUAACUAAAUCUACCUUAUAGUCUCGGUCAAAUCUCUGUAUAAUUUGUUAUUCUAUAAGCAUCUACACUCCUUGUGAUGGCAACGCGAACCGCGCGCCAGAGGAACCAGCUGCCAGCGUGUUAUUAUGAAGGAUACCUGGAGAAGAGGUCGUUCAAAGAUAAGACAUCUCGGAGGCUGUGGACGUGCCUGUGUGGAAACACGCUGUUCUUCUUCAACGAGAAGAGAGACACUGAUUACAUAGAAAAACUGGAUCUCAGUGGCUUGAUCUCGGUAACAGAUGACAGCAGCCAGGAUCGUAACUUAGAUGCAGCCAGACUCAACCUCCAGAUGAAGGAUGGAAAUAUUAAAUUCACUGCCCCUAAUGCAGAGGCUCGUGAGCUGUGGAAGGGCUACAUCCACUCUGUGAUGGAGCUGUCGGUGCCUUCCUCCCUCAACCUGCUUCCAGGCCAGAUCCACAUGCUGAAAGAGGCGGUGGAAAAGGAAAAGGAAAGACUGAAAACUGUCCCUCCGUCUGCUGCGGAGAACUCCAGUCCUUAUGUCAGCCUCAUAGCAGACAUGCCAGCUUGUUAUCACAGUGUCUCUCGUCUGGAGGCAGAGCUGCUGCUUGAGAAAGAGGCCAAGAGAGGAAACCUGCUGCUGAGGCCUGGGAGUGGAAGUAACUCCUUCGCUGUCACCACCAGACAGGACCUUGACGGCGCUAUAUUCAAACACUACCGUGUGGCUCGUAAACCUACGGGGGGCUUCACCAUUGAAGUGGACAAUCCUGUGCCCUGUGCCACACUACACGAUGUGAUCAACUAUUUGGUGGAAAAAACUGACAGAGUUUUGAUUCCGCUCAUCAUUGAGGAAACUUAUGAGAAAAACAUCUCUUUUAUUCGGUCUGAUGAUGAAAAUGGAGAGAAGAGCGUUCAGCAGGCCCCGUCGAACCCCGUCCCACCAAGUGUGCCCCCCAAACCAGUAGCUCUAAAAAUACCGACACUUGUACCAGCGCCAGCAGCGUUUGAAGACGAGCACAUAUAUCUGAACGACAAGCUGGAGGAGAAAGAAAGGAGAGAAGAAUCUGCAGCCGUCCCACUGCCACAAGUGGAAAAAAAUGCUCCAAAGAAAGCAAUGAUGCCUCCAACUCCUACUCCUCGCAAAUGGGCCUCCUCUACAUCGCUCCACACCUCUACCUCCUCCACCAACAGCUGGAAUCCGAGGACCAGAGCCCAUGCUGACAGUCUGGGACAGAUUCCCCUGGCAGCUAUAUCAGAGCUGAAACUCAAGCUGGAACAGAAGACGAGGAGUCAGGAGUGACCUCUCCUGGUGGGAGCCCGUCACGGCGUCUGUGACUCACCCGUGCUGGUCCGUCCCUGCAGGAUGAACCAGCUUGUGGGAGCGGAGACCGGCUGCUUCCACGCAGACGGCCUCUUCCUCAGCAGCAUCGUGACUCCGCUCCUCCUCGUCAGCUGGCUGUCAGCAGUGAAGCCUCUCCAAAGAUUAACGCUUUAUUGAUUCUCUUUACUCGGACACUCAUUAGCAAAUGGGUUGACUGUAACGAGGGGUGUACAUGUCACAUUAUCUUCACCAUGUUUCUCUGCACAUUGACAACAGUGUACAUUUUCCUAAUUAGAUUUACUACAUUAGUGCUGUUUUUGUCUGCUUUUUUAAAGUGUAAUUAGCAGCUGAUUUGCAUUGUAUAGUUUUCUACAUAGCUAAAUGGCUGUAUUUAUUCUGCCUUAGAGGCAUGUGAUGUUUAUACAUAUAUAUAUGUAUAUAUUGUACCGCAUUGAGUUGGCCUGUGGUUAUUGUGCCUACUAUAUGUGAAUAUAUUGUUUCGUUUUUAAGUAAAACUCUUGCUUCUGUCACAUCAAAUCAGACACAUGUGAACAAGCAACUUCUCGUAUGUGCCAUGCAGCAGUUAGAGAUCAGUCACUCAGUUUUAUGAUGUUCUGCAGCGGGUCUGUUUCCUUUGUUACACCUCUUCGUCCUUCGUUGAAGCAGAAACCCAAGAACAAAGUGCUCUCUCACUCCUUUAUUACCUCAAUGACUGAUACAUUAUAGUGGAAAAAUUAAACUAUGUACAAUAAAUUGUGACGUUAUGUCAGCAUGUGAAAUAAAGUUAACAUAAU